UCAACGAAUGAUAAAUUGUUCCAGUAAGCUUAGCAACAGAACAAACAACUUUUUUUGUCGAAUCGAUAAACUUCUUGGCCAUAACACUCUUCACGGUGUUUGGUGCAUUUGCAAAUUAAAUUUUUGUUACCUCCCUUUUCUGGCAUCAAAAUGACCGACGACAUGAAACGAGUCCGAAAUUUGAACUACGAACCGUACCUGGAUACAGAGGGUAAAUUCUGGAAACGUCUACCCACACCACCCGAAUGUAGAAAGGACCAAUAUUGGUUCGAAAACCUAUCGCCAAACCACCGUCUAUUCUACCAUCAGACACUGAAUUCGGCACGGAAUGCUGUUACAUUUCGACCGUUUGACUUAUAUCCGCACGAUUCGUUGGAUGUUAUGCUGGGCGCCAUUUACAAUCAUUCGCUAGACAUUUUUAACGGAAAAACUGAAGUUGCAUACCAACACGAGACGAUCAGUCAGAAGCAGAGACGAUUGAGGAAUACCAGAGAUCUGAGUCCGAAGAGAAAAAUCGCGAUAGGACAUCCGUUGGCCAUCGGUGGCAUCAAGGAACGUCUCGAUCCGAACAAUAUGAAACUGAUGUGUAGCGGACACCAUCAGCCCAGCGCGAACAAAGGUUAUUCGAGACAAGAUGCUGAUGGAAACGUAUUCAAUUAUUAAAUCACAAGUCCAGUA